CUAAACCCAGACUUUGACCUGCACACAAGAUAACAUAACACUCGACUGUGAUGAUUUGCCAGCCCACCUUCUAUUCAUACCAACAGUAUCCCGCAUACGUUUUCUCCCCACUACCACUCAUCAAGAAGACUCUCUCGCAAUUCAAGAACUUGAAAGGAAAAAAGAAUAUAACUAAACUAUAAAAAAAAUCCCAUCAUCAUGGUUCCCAGCCUCCUGGAGGCUUUGAACGUGCGAGUUGUGGGCUCUGGCGAAAGAAUCCUGGUCUUAGCCCAUGGCAUCGGCACUGAUCAGUCUGCCUGGCAGCGAAUUCUGCCCUUCUUCUUGCCGAACUACAGGGUCAUCCUCUAUGACCUCGUCUGUGCUGGCAGCGUCAAUCCUGAUUACUUCGAUUUCCGGCGUUACACCACUCUGGAUGCCUACGUCGAUGACCUCCUCCAUAUCCUCGAUGCUCUUGGCGUCGAUCGAUGCGCUUAUGUUGGCCACUCUGUCUCCGCCAUGAUCGGGAUUCUAGCCUCCAUUCGCCGCCCUGAACUGUUCUCUAAGCUCAUCCUGAUAGGUGCAUCACCUAGGUUCUUGAACGACAAUGACUAUCAUGGUGGAUUUGAGCAAGGAGAAAUUGACAAAUUGUUUUCGGCAAUGGAGGCCAAUUACGAGGCAUGGGUCAACGGCUUCGCUCCACUAGCGGUGGGGGCCGAUGUGCCGGCGGCUGUUCGAGAAUUCAGUCGGACCUUGUUCAACAUGAGGCCCGAUAUAACAUUAUUUGUGUCACGCCAAGUUUUUAACAGCGACUUAAGGGGAGUGCUAGGUUUUGUAAAAGUGCCCUGUAGCAUAAUUCAGACGGCUAAAGAUUGUUCAGUACCAACAUCGGUGGCGACUUAUUUGAAGAAUCACCUUGGCGGGCGGAGCACGGUGCACAUGCUGAACUUAGAGGGCCACCUUCCCCACCUGAGUGCACCGGCUUUGUUGGCUCAGGAGCUCCUGCGAGCUCUGCCCCGGUGCUAAUGGCUUUUCUGCUGGAUGGCUAGGCCAGUCAGUCCCACUUUCUUUCUUCUUUUUUUUUUUUUUUUCCAUGGAUUGUGGAAAG